GAAUCGUAAUCGUGCCUGCAGUAGUAGCACCAUGUGAGUGUAUUGUGAUUGGAAUGGAAUGGAAUUCUUGAUCGUGUAACGUCCGGGUUACUACUGUCUAUUACAGCGACAAUAGUGAUUUCUUAUCAAUAGUUCAAUACAUAUACAGGUGUGAGAUUACUUUUAUUAAAGUUAGUUCAGAUUUAUAAAUAAAGUUCAACCAGGGAAAAAAGGAAGUUGAUGAAUAGUGCUACUAAAAUAACUGUGAUUUCAAUUCCUUAUAAUGGGUAGCAUUGAUAGAGCAUGCAUAUCUGGAUUUCUUUGUCGUCUUUGCUCUGAAAUGCACAGAAUAGUAAUUCAUAUAUAUGGGGAUCAGGGGAGGAAAUUAUGUUUAGUAGAAAAGAUUAACGGGUAUCUGCCAAUUACCAUUUCUCCAACGGAUCCUUUACCUAAAACUAUAUGUGAGACAUGUUUAAGAAGAGUGGAACAACAUUAUGACUUGUUGAUGAGAUUAACGCGAAUAAAACAAGGCAACUUUCCUAAAAUCAAAAAG